AUUGGGGCCUUGAACAGCUGAGAGUUUGUUACAUUUUGAGGUCAGGGGUGACGUUUUUAAGAGACGCGGGGCGAACCUUGGGGCAGCGGCGUCUGCCCCUGAUUCCGAUCUCAGCUUCUCCAACAUGUCGGGGCCGAACGGGGAACCGAGUGUCACUGUGGGGCAGGAGGAGGAGGAGGUUGAGGCGUCUGAGGAAGAAUACGCUGCACUCAAUUUGAUGCUUGACCAGAUCAACUCUUGCCUGGACAACCUUGAGGAGAAAAAUGAUGUUUUAAAUGCAAAACUUCGAGAAUUGCUGGAGUCAAAUCGCCAGGUGCUCAGUACAAGAGAGAAAUUUGGUGAUCAGAACUGUGCCUGGUAUUCUAAUGAGGGCCAAACUUGUGCUCAAUCCUUCCGAUUUAUGCUCUCUUUCUGUUAAUAGUUUUCUCUUUUUACUGAAUGUUCCUGUAACCUGUUGUUAGAGCUAUUUCUCAAUGGGACUAUUGUGCAAUAUACUGUAAUUUCUGUACUGAAAAAUCCAUCAAAUCCUCAGUAACAAUGAAAAAAUGGUUUUCAGGGAAAAAAGUGCUUCUAUAACAAGUCAUUCUGAAUUUAAGGAUAUCUUGCAAAAUGCAUUUGUUGUUUUCAACUCAGUUGGCGCAUAUGUCAACCCUGAAGCCUCCAAAAAUUGUUCCAAAAACUGGGGUCAAUGUAUAUGUCAAGUAUAAAACAUGAACUGCCAGUAUGGGUGGUCUCUACAUUGAAACAUGAAAACAUAGCACUGGUAAUUCAUAUUAAUGUAAAAUAGUUUAUUCAAUAAAUUAAUUGUACAAAACCUUUAACUACAAUGAAAAUGUUUUAAAACUCAUCAAAUUCAUUGACUAUGGCAUCCCAUACAAAAUUUUAAGUUCACCUUCACUCAGAGUCAUUUUUCCUAUGAUGUCAGUGUAAGGAUCAGAUAUAGCACUUUUGGUUUCAGAAUCAUUCCAUCACAAUAAACCAUCUUUUUAUGCAACCAAUGAACUAACAUGCCACAUUUUUUGAAUGACCUGAUCAUAGUUUUGCACCAUUAGGGUCCUGUGAAUUGAUGACAAAACCACACAAGGUAUCACAAAAAGUGCUGGAAAAGCACAGCAGAUCUGGCAGUAUCUGUGCAGAGAAAUCAGAGUUAACGUUUCAAGUCUGGUUUCCUCAGUUCUGAGGAAGGGGCACCAAACUCGAAACAUUAACCCUCAUUUCUCUUUGUAGAUGCUGCCAGACCUGCUGAGCUUCUGUGUUUGUUUCUGAUUUACAGCAUCUGAAGUUCUUUUGAUUUUCACGUGAAAUAUCAGUUGGAGGAGCACAUAUAUUCCCACUCUUUGUGAAGUUUUUUCUUUUUUCCACUGUGUACCUGUUCUGAUCUAUGUGAACUUGAUCCUUGAAUUACUUUUAGAGGCAUAUAUCCAAAAGUUGAAUUAUGGGUGUCAGGCUCUGACAACAUAGGUGUGAUUUUUACAGGGGUGCCUCUUAAUCUCAUUGAUUGUAGGAACUGAACUUUCACAAACUAAUAAACUGCAUCAUUUACCUAGACCACUGGAAUGUCCAUUUCACAUUACUGAUCCAUAACUUUAUCCCAACCUCAUCCAGCCAACCCUUGUCAUGGACAUGCACAUAAAGUACUGCAGGCAAGUUGAUUUGUAGCGUAUUUUUAUGUUUGACAUGGAUUAUAGGCUUAAAUUUUGUUCCCUCGGUCUUGUAGGCUCUCACCACUAAAAAUCUCGCCUCCAGUCCUGUAGUUUUCACUAAACUAUUUUUAAACCUUUCAAUAUUUGGGCGUAUCGAAAUUCAUGAGCAUUUCAUCCAUAUUACUUGUGGCAUCGUGAGUACUUCAGUUUUUACCACUGUCUGAUGAAUUGCUGGAAACUGGUAAUUUGGGCAUUAAAAUAUUUUGCUAAUUAUAUUGUAAUCUUGAUCUCCUGCCACAGUGAUCUUUUUUUGCCCAUCAAGUUGCAAUGCCAACAAUGUCUUGCUGUAAAAUAUUUACUGGACUCAAGAUUUAAUUUGGUCCACCUAAGUUUAUUUACAUACAUUGCAUUUCUGGUGACAAUUUUCAUUUUAAUACAUGCUUCUCAAGAUUAGGCCAGUGGCUGGCCCCUGAUUGCAAUGGCAUCCUUAGGGGCACAUUCCUUCUUCCUGUCUGGCACUAGUUUUUCAGUGACACCAAAUUCCCUUACUGCAGCAUUUACAUGUGUUAGCAAACAUUAAGACUUUUCGCUCUGAGCAUCAUCUAUUUUGUCAGAAAAUUCAUUUUCUUCGUUCACCAUGCAGGGUCAGCUUUUGUGUAGGUGUCUUAAACUCCUGUGCAUUGCAACAUAGCUUGAAUUGCCUGCACUAUCCCUUGCAUACAAUUAUAAGGUAAAUAAAACAUGCAUUUGUGGGGUGAAAAUAAUUGAAGCCACUAAUGCAAGUUUUUAAAAAUUCUUUCAUAGAAUGUGAAAGUAGCUUCUAUAACAGUUAAUCAUUUUCAUUUCCUUACAGAAUUGUGCAGCAAUUUACCACUGUCUCUAACUGGGAUUUUGAUUACAGACAGGUUCACUGUGCUGCUACUGGAAUUACUAAUAUUUUCUUAAAGGAUGUAAAAGAUGUUUUAAAAAAUGAUAAUAAGAUUGUUUGCUGCAGUGAAGGAACAAUUGAAACAGUGCAUGCUGUUAUUUUGCGGCAGAACAUUGUGAAAAGAUCAGGAGCCAGCCUGAAUACAACUGUCUAUGUGCACAACAUGUUUGAAUGUUAAUGUAAUUUAGACUAACCUAGGGUUCCAGGUAAUGUGCAGGUGCUGACUGAUUAGUCCCUUUGUGUACACAUUUCUCAGAUUACUGUGUAUGGAAGUAUAAAUAUUUGAUUCUGUUUUCAUAAAGCUGUUGAUUUAAUAUUA